AUGGUUUCUUCUCCUUCUCCUCCUCAUUCUCAUGGCUGUUGUCUUGAAAAGAAGCACUGGUGGCUUACCAAACAAAAGAUUGUUGAUAAGUAUGUGAAAGAUGCAAGAUCCCUCAUUGUUUCUCAACAACAGAACAACAUUGCAUCUGCUAUUAACCUACUUGAUGCUGCACUUGCUGUAUCACCAAGGUCCGAGAUGGCGCUUCAGUUGAAGGCCACUUCUCUUCUUCAUUUGAGAAGGUUCAAGGAAGUUGCAGAGAUGCUUCAUCAUUACAUCCCCAGCAUCAAAGCUCACGAUUCAUCCACUUCUUCUUCUUCCUCUGAUAACAACUCGCAACCGCUCUCCAGAGAACGAGUCAAGCUUUUGUCCGCCGCUGCUAACUCCGAUCGAUCCUUCACGUGUUUCUCUGUCUCCGAUUUGAAGAAGAAGCUCAUGGAUGGCAUCGCCAGAAAUCGUGAUCAAGAAGGUCAAUGGAGGUACUUGGUUCUAGGCGAAGCAUGUUGCCACCUAGGGUUAAUGGAGGACGCUAUGGCCCUUCUCCAGACCGGAAAACGUCUUGCCUCCGCCGCAUUCCGCCGGGAAAGCGUCUGCUGGUCAGACGACAGUUUCAUCUCCUCCGGCGAGACAUUCGCCAUCAGCCACCAGCCACAGACGACAGAAUCGGAUAGCAUCUGCCACCUACUAAGCCACAUCAAACUCCUCCUCCGCCGCAAGACCGCAGCGAUGGCAGCGGCGGAAGCCGGUCUCUACAGUGAAGCCAUUAGACAUUUCUCCAAAAUCGUCGAUAGUCGACGUGGUUCCCCUCAAGGGUUCCUGGCCGAGUGCUACAUGCACCGUGCCGCCGCUUACAGGUCCUCCGGUCGGAUAGCUGAGGCCAUUGCCGAUUGUAAUCGGACAUUGGCGUUAGAUCCGUCUUGUAUCGAAGCCCUAACCACCAGGGCUUCCCUUUUUGAAACAAUCCAUUGUCUCCCUGAUUCGCUUCACGAUCUUGAACACUUGAAACUCGUGUACAAUUCAAUUCUUCGCGACGGGAAGCUACCUGGGCCGGCAUGGAAACGUCAGAAUGUUGGAUACGGUGAAAUUCCGGGAAAGCUGAGGUGUAUGGGGAGGAAAAUUGAAGAAUUGAAAGGAAGGGUGUGUUCAGGGGAAAUAGGGAAUGUUGAUUACUACGGUUUGAUGGGGUUGAGAAGGGGUUGUUCAAGAUCAGAAUUGGAGAGAGCCCAUUUGCUGCUUAGCUUAAGACAUAAGCCUGAUAAAUCGACUAGCUUUAUGGAUAGAUGCGAGUUUGCGGAUGAAGGUGAGAUGGAUUCGAUAAGGGAUCGAGCAAAGAUGUCUGGUUUAUUGUUGUAUAGAUUGAUUGAAAGAGGGUAUACUAGUUUGAUGAGAAUAGUUAUGGAUGAAGAAGCCUCAGAGAAGCAAAGGAAGAGGGAUUCAUUACAAGAAGCAAUGCAAGAGCAACAGCAAGAGCAAGAAUCAUCAUCAUGUAAAUUAGAAUGUGUUAAAAAGAGAAACAUGGAAAAGAAGAAUGUGUAUCAAGGGGUGUUCUGUAGAGAUCUGGCGGUGGUGGGAAGUCUGUUGUCUCAGGCUGGGGGUGGAGGUGGAGGUGGGUGUAACCGUCCGAUUGGGGCCAUUCCCAUCAAGUAUGAAGCAUUGAGCUGUUAGCAGGUAGAUGUUGAAUAAAUAAUUGUUGAAUUAUUUGUAGAAAUGGGAAAUUUUGUCAGCAGCAGCAGCUACUACUGCUUAUGUUGUCGUAUUUGGAUUGAUGGUUUUAUAUAUAAAAUAUAAAUAUCCAGAGCUAAGAGCUAAGAGUUAAGAGUUAAGAGUUAAGAGUUAAGAGUGAGUGAUUAUUGAUUGAUAUGAUGCCAAAUGCCAAAUGUACGCUUAUAUGUUUGGAUGGAUAGCAAAUGGAAAAAAGGGUAAAUAUAUAGAUAGAAAGGACAAGUGAGAAGUUGGGUGUUAAAUUAAAUGCGACGAGUCAAGUGGAUGGAAUGGAACCCAUCCAACCUUAUCCAUAUGCUCUUUUUUUUGCUUUUUAAUUAAUUAUAUUAAUGCUUCCAAGUUCCAAGUGA